GGUUGGGAGAUGUUUUGUCUUCCUUGACUUCCAAAAAGGAUGCUAUUCCUUAUGAAAAUUCAAUGCUUACAAAAGUACUCGCAGACUCGCUAGGUGGAAGCUCAAAAACUCUGAUGAUUGUUAAUGUCGUUCCAAAUUCUGCGAAUUUGUCGGAGACACUAUCGUCUCUCAACUUCUCUUCUAGAGCUCGAAAUGCUGUUCUAGGCCUUGGGAAUCGAGAUACCAUAAAGAAAUGGAGAGAUAUUGCAAAUGAUGCACGUAAGGAGUUGUAUGAAAAGGAAAAAGAAAGUCAGGAUUUGAAACAAGAGGUUUUGGGACUUAAACAUUCACUCAAGGAUGCAAAUGAUCAAUGUGUCCUACUCUUCAAUGAAGUCCAGAAAGCGUGGAAAGUUUCUUAUACGUUACAGUCAGAUUUAAAGUCAGAGAAUAUUAUGCUUGCAGAUAAGCAAAAGAUAGAAAGGGAACAAAAUGCGCAGCUCAGAAAUCAAGUAGCUCAACUGUUACAGUUGGAGCAAGAUCAAAAAGUGCAGAUAGAACAACGAGAUUCUACGAUUCAGGCCUUGCAGGCCAAAAUGAAAAGCAUUGAAUCCAGACUCAGUGAAGCACUCCAUUCCAGUGAAGAUCGGUCAGCAUUAGGCUCAGAUCUAUCAAAUGCCAAGGCAAUUGGGGAUGGCAUGGAUUCUCCCCCAGUUACUAAGAAAUUGGAAGAGGAGCUUAAAAAACGUGAUGCACUAAUAGAGAGGUUACAUGAAGAAAAUGAGAAGUUAUUUGAUAGAUUAACAGAGAAAGCAUCUUUGGCUGGAUCACCAAAGCUGUCAAGUCCAUUAUCCAAGGGGCCGCUAAAUGUGCAGUCUCGGGACCUUGUGAGGAUUGAUAGUAGGGGGCAUUCGAUGGAUGUUGUUCCUUCAUCCCCGGCACUUGCUGCAGACAAGACUGAGGGUACAGUUGCUUUAGUGAAAUCAGGUUCGGAUAAAGUCAAAACAACCCCUGCAGGAGAAUAUCUUACAUCUGCCUUGAAUGACUUUGAUCCUGAACAACAUGACAGCCUUGCUGCCAUUUCAGAUGGAGCAAAUAAGCUUUUGAUGCUGGUUCUGGCUGCAGUAAUCAAAGCAGGGGCUUCUAGGGAGCAUGAAAUACUUGCUGAAAUAAGAGAUGCUGUUUUCUCCUUUGUUCGUAAAAUGGAACCACAGAGGGUAAUGGACACCAUGCUUGUAUCCCGUGUUAGAAUUUUGUAUAUUAGAUCUUUGCUUGCUAGAUCGCCGGAGCUGCAGUCCAUCAAGGUUUCUCCCGUUGAGAAUUUUCUGGAGAAGGCUAAUACUGGACGUAGUAGAAGUUCCAGCCGAGGUAGCAGCCCUGGAAGAUCUCCCGUGCGCUAUGUUGAUGAGCAUAUCCAAGGCUUCAGAGUGAAUCUAAAGCCAGAAAAGAAGUCCAAGUUUUCAUCAGUUGUAUCAAAGAUACGCGGUCUUGAUCAGGAUACUCCACGGCAGCAGGUAACUGCUGGAAAGCUUAGAGAAAUAAAUGAGGAGGCUAAAAGUUUUGCAAUUGGAAACAAAGCUCUUGCUGCUCUCUUUGUUCAUACACCAGCUGGUGAGCUGCAGCGCCAACUUAGAUCCUGGCUUGCAGAAAAUUUUGACUUCCUCUCUGUUCUUGGAGAUGAUGCAUCAGGAGGGACAACUGGUCAGUUGGAGCUUCUUUCAACUGCAAUCAUGGAUGGUUGGAUGGCUGGACUUGGUGCUGCAGUGCCUCCUAAUACAGAUGCUCUUGGUCAACUUCUAUCUGAGUAUUCGAAGCGGGUCUAUAGUUCUCAAUUGCAGCACCUGAAGGAUAUUGCUGGUACAUUGGCAUCAGAAAGGGCAGAAGAUGCAGCACAGGUUGCAAAAUUGCGAUCAGCUCUCGAGUCUGUUGAUCACAAAAGGAGAAAGAUUUUGCAACAAAUAAGAAGUGACGUAGCCUUAUUGACAUUGCAAGAUGGUGGCCCACCUAUUCAAAAUCCUUCUACUGCUGCUGAAGAUGCACGAUUAGCAUCUCUCAUUUCCCUUGAUGGCAUAGUGAAACAAGUCAAGGAUAUAGUGAGACAAUCCUCUAUGAGCACCUUGAGCAAGAGUAAGAAGAAGCAAAUGCUUGCAUCUCUAGAUGAACUUGCUGAACGGAUGCCUUCCCUUCUUGACAUUGAUCAUCCAUGUGCGCAAAGGCAAAUUGCUGAUGCUCGUCAUGUGAUCCAGUCUAUUCCCGAAGAAGAUGAUCACCUUCAGGAGCAAUCUCAUGCUCUCAAACCAUCUACAGAUUUAGGGUUUGGUACUGAAACUGACGUGGCACAGUGGAACGUCCUGCAGUUCAAUACAGGCGCUACAACGCCAUUUAUCAUCAAGUGCGGAGCAAACUCUAAUUCAGAACUAGUCAUUAAAGCAGAUGCCAAGAUUCAAGAACCUAAAGGGGGUGAGGUUGUGAGGGUUGUCCCAAGACCAUCUGUUCUGGAAAGCAUGAGCUUGGAGGAGAUGAAACAUGUAUUCUCCCAACUCCCUGAAGCUCUAAGCUUGCUUGCCUUGGCAAGGACUGCAGAUGGAACGCGAGCUCGUUAUUCUAGGCUGUACAGGACUUUAGCCAUGAAAGUGCCGUCGUUGAGGGAUUUAGUUGGCGAACUUGAAAAGGGGGGUGUCCUAAAAGAUGUGAGGUCAUAAAGUGCAGAAAUCUGUCAGGCUUCAUGAUUUGCCUUGCCUUUAUGAUGUAUUAUAAGAUUAUUUCAUUUUGGGUUGUCCAAUAUUUGUUGAGCUGUGAAUCUGUGAUACUCCACGCAUCAUCUACACGUACUCAUGCAUGCACAGUGAUACCCAUCACUGGCAUAUAGCAAUCUCUCUCUAUUUUUUCAUCCUCUUUAUUAUGAUAAAUUUUUAAAUUUCUGUCUUUGCCCAUCCCUAAGAACCCUGCAGUUGCCG